UGCCUAUUUUCCGAAUUUAAAAUUUUUCGCAAUUAUUUUAAUAUUUGUAUAGAGUGCAGAAGGAUUAUACUAAUUAGUCUUUUGGUAUUACUGACUUUGAAUUCGGAUUUGUUUUUCCGACAUUCAACCAUAGAUAUUAUAUAUAAAAUACUAAAGUGGAACUUACUUGAACAUUAUGUAUCGACUCAGGUCUCUAGUGAACUAUGGAAUGUGCAGAUGUAUUUAUAGACUUCCAAAAACUAACUUCUGCACAAAGGGAAAACCAAAGGAAGAAAUUUUAGAUGAUGGACCUAUUAAAUUUUCGUCUAGUGCAGCCAGAACUUAUAAAGCCCAUACAACUAGAACAGGAGAAAAUGAAUCAAGGCUUUGGUAUGAACCUUAUGUUAUAGUCGUGAGCAUGACUGUAUUCAUGAUUUACUUCUGUAUAUUGAGAGAGGAAAAUGACAUUGAUGCGGAUCUCAGCACUUCAUUAUACAGCCGGAUACAUGGGCUUGAAGAAUUUCAACUGAAACAAUCUCUUGAGUACAAUAAGAAGCAUGGAUUGCCCACUAAAGACAUUAUUGACAGGUUAAAUGAGAUUGAGGAAGAAAAAUCUAGUAUAUCUUCCUAGUACAGUUC